GCGUUUGCUGUCAUAAUUAUUAGUCAAACACAAACAAUGAAUUUCAUAAUUUUCCCAUCAAUACGGUCCAACAGCUCCAACGCUUUGGAGCUCAACGUUUGGAGCGAGGUUCGUAAACUUCGAAAGCGUUCAAACAUCCGCUCUUCCCGCACGCGCCGCUCGGGAAGAAUGCCCAACUCUUGGCCGGAGGAUGAGCUGGAUACCACGACAUGGCCUGGGGCUCUGGGCUACUCCCAAAGGGGAGGGGAGGGGCGGCACUCUGUGGAAAUGAAGCCGUCGCGCAUAAAGUGUGAAAUUGCUGGCAAUUCGCAGAGACGCUCCAUUCUCGGCGUUUCUCAGUCUUUGGAGGCUGUUUAGAGCCUGGACUAAUGGGAGAUGCCAGUGCACUCAGAGAAAAAGCUGCAACUCAGCUCGUUGCAUAAUUAUUACAGACCAUAAGCCCUUUUGUACUUUGAAAGUAAGUGAAUGCAUCCGGGAAAUAUAUACUCUCGAAUCUGGUGAUAGUAUCAUUCAAAA